UGACUUUGUCGAGAGAGCACGGUACGCUCCCAUUACGUCGUGUUGACUGCUUCGCCCUGUCAUGCGAACCUACAUGAGUUCCUUGCGCCAGACAUAGGCACAGGGCUGACUGACCGGCGACCCGGACGAGACACCUACAUUCACCACAGAUCGCCAGCCUCUAGCCGUCUCUUCGACUGCCACCAACCGCCAACAAACCAUAACAUGCCUCAAGUCUACGAGUACUCGGAGCAUAUCCACCGUCGCGGAUCCCCGCCUCGUCAUCGCGACCGAGACGAUUCACCUCGUCGCUCUGGGGACCGCCGCGACCCUUUUGUGCGCGAGACAAUGACUCUCGAACCUCCGCCUAGUUACGCCUCCCGGGGCCGCUCCCAACCGCCGCCCGACACUCGAGAGAUGGUGCCUCGAGGUCGAAACCCGUCGCGGGGCGCCUACUACGACGAUGACGACGACUACUACGCGCGCGGAUAUUCCCCUUCCAACAGGAGUCGCAGCCGCCGCAGGAGGAGCCGGUCCAGGGACGAAAGUCCCAUAGAGCGCGCAAAAUCGGCCGUGCAAGACAACUUUACCAAUUCCACCGCCGGUAUUGGCGCCUCGCUCAUCGGCGCUAUAGCAGGAGGAUACGCUGCUCGUCAGGUCUCGGAGCGAGUGUCUGAUAAUCGUCGCCCAAAAGGAGCUGGUCGGCGGCGCCGCAGUGACGCGGACAAGGACGAGCGCAUCCGUCUUGCGUCCACCCUUAUUGGCGCUGCCAUCGGUGGGCUUGGCGCCAAUGCCCUGACAAAUCGCUUCGAGGACUCCAAAGACCGCGACAGGCUCAAGCAGCAAGCGUGGGAAAGGACCUAUGGCCGCGAAGAUGAUCUUCCGCAUUAUGACAGUGGCCGGCACGCCGACCUUGACCACCGCAACGGGCGCGGCGUUCUUCGAGGGCGAAGUGACGACGAAGAUGACGAUUACGACUUUGUUUAUGACCGCCGCUCUGAUGACGGGCUACGCCGACCACGCAGACAAGACAGCGACGAGAGCUACCGGUACCGAUGAUUUGUCGCGCUGCAUAUUAUGACCUUUCCUCCUAUUCAUGAUACCUUCUAUUCCCUUUGUGCUUGGAUAUCGUUGGUUUUUGUCAGGACGGAUUCUAGAGCAGCCCGGCCAAGCUUUCGAUGACCUGCACGGGGCUACGACUAAUGAUCUGACGGCCGCGCAAUGUUUUCCUGGACUGUAUGUUGGAUACGUCUUUGAUUUGUUUCACUCUACAUGCAGUUCCUCAGAGCUAUGAUAGAAUAUACUCCCUUGCUACGUAAGCCCACUCCUCCCCAUUGCCAGUC